GACGGGUCUGCUUGCUUCCGCCACGGCAUCCUCGGUCCGACUGUGUCGUCGGGUUCCGACUUUCUAGCGUUCGAACGACAGAACACUAGUUGAUCUACAGAAAAUGCUUUGUUGGCCAAAAACAAUAGAAUUGGCUUGGCCGUCGUUAAGAUUGUGAAUGACUUUCACUGAAAUCCAUAAGCUAGAAUUUUAUGAAGAACCCCGUUUUCACAGCAGUUCGUUUAAUCGAAAUUUGUUCUAAUGCACAUGUAUUGUGUGUGUGUAUAUAUAUGACCUUGGACCUCGGGUUUUCUUCAUUCGACUUUCAGAAAAAGUCCAAACCAUAGUACCCGGAUAUAACAAUCACUGUUCUGCACAUAAAGGAGAAGUCACAAAUCUUCUCCCUGCUUCUCCGGUCUCUACGUAGCUGCAAAACAUUACCUUCUCGCUAUAUCCCGCCCUUCUUCGUAGGAAACAGCUCGGAUUUUCAUGGCUCCUCCAAGCCUGACCAAGAUCGCCGUGGAGGCAACGGGCCUUGCUGAUUCCGAAACAAAACUGUGGAUUGCGCUUGAAGGCUCGAACUUCGUCGUGAACAGCCACCCGAUCCCCCGCAAUGUCGUGGUCACCAGGGCCGAGAAGGCAGCAGCCGCCGCAGCAGCGUGCUUCGUGGGGUUCGAUGCCGAGGUGAGGAGCCGCCACGUGGCUCCGUUGGGGAGGCUGAGGGGCAUAAGUUUCAUGAGCGUCUUCAGGUUCAAGGUGUGGUGGACCACCCACUGGGUCGGGACGAACGGGGGAGACGUGGAGCACGAGAUGCAGAUGAUGGUGCUGGACAGGAACGACGCCGGUAGUCCCUACGUUUUGCUACUUCCGCUCAUCGAUGGCCCUUUCCGGGCCUCUCUCCGACCUGGGGUUGACGACUACGUGGAUGUUUGCGUGGAAAGUGGCUCCUCCAAGGUGUGUAGUUCAAGCUUUAGGAGGUGCUUGUACAUGCAUGUUGGGGAUGACCCUUAUGUUCUAAUCAAGGAAGCAAUGAGAGAACUAAGGACCCACCUGGGGACCUUCAAGCUCCUUGAAGAGAAAACCCCACCGGGCAUUGUGGACAAGUUUGGUUGGUGCACUUGGGAUGGGUUCUAUCUCAAGGUCCACCCAAGUGGCGUGCGUGAAGGGGUCAAGUCCCUCGUGGAGGGCGGGUGCCCGCCGGGCCUGGUCCUCAUAGACGAUGGCUGGCAAUCGAUAUGUCCUGAUGAUGACCCGAUCACAGAUCGAGAAGACAUGAAUAGGACGGCUGCCGGCGAGCAAAUGCCGUGUAGGCUUAUAAGGUUUGAGGAAAAUUACAAGUUCAGAGACUACCAGAGCCCUAAGGCGUCGCAUGAGAAGGGCAUGGGUGCUUUUGUUAGGGACCUUAAGGAGGAGUUUGAGACUGUAGAGCAUGUGUAUGUGUGGCAAGUGUUGUGCGGGUGUUGGGGCGGGGUCCGACCAGAUACCCCGGGUAUGCCUGAAUCACAGGUCUUGACUCCGGUGUUGUCGCUGGGCUUGGAGAUGACGAUGGAGGAUUUGGCUGUCAAUUGA